AUGGUGAGGAAGAGGAAGGAGCUGCUGUCGUCGGCGCCAUGGCGGACGGGGGAGGCGGAGGAGGACGACGAGGCGUCCAGGAUGAGCCGCGAGGGGAAGGUCACCGUCACCAGCAACCCCGGUGAGACGCCCACCAUGAACAUGCCACGCAGCAAGCGCCCGGACCUCGACCUCGCCGUCGACGACUUCGAGGAGGACGAGAUCGACCCCGAGCUGCGCUACUCCUUCCAGCGCAACAGCAGGUUUCUGCGGAGAGUUUUCACGGUGGAUACACUUGUCAAGCCUCUUCCUCCUGUGAUGGCAUACAGUGUCUCCCGUAAUGUGAACUUUUUCUUCAAGAUCUUCACACAGUUCUGGGAUGAAGAAGGAAUUGCCAAUGCACAGAGAUCCCUUGGACUGGGAAGUGAGGAUAGCUCCCGGCGGUUUCGCUGA